AUGUUUGUUCUUUUGGAGGCUGAUUCGUAUGAGAAUGGUAGAAAAAUGGCAAAUAUUUCUGAAGGAAGAAAGAAAUUAGCUCAAACCUGUGUUGAAGACGGGACUUCUUUGGAUGUCGAAGAAGAUAACGAAUACAUGGCUAAACAAGAAUGUGAUCACUACAUAAAAGAGUUGCAAGACAACUCGGUAGCCCCCAAAGACAAAUAUUCGAUAUUACAUGAAACAAAAACUGUCGUGAGUAAAGAACCUAUCUUCAACUUCCACAGCGAAAAAGAACACAUCCCACGAAAAUACCUAAGGCACAUGAACAGAAAGCACCAUCGAGUUCUGACAGUAGCUUUGACACCUGGCCCGGUUCCAGGGCCCACAAUUCCCCCCAUGGAUGAUGAACCUCCAACUUUGCCGAAGAGCAUCUUGCCACAUGUCGAAGAUAGUGAUAACAUUAAUAAUAAUAAUCAGAAGUAUAUGCUAGUUGGUAUAGUGACGAUUUCCGUUGUGGGACUUGUGAUUGUGGCUCUAUUGUUGUUCGUCUGUCUGAAAAGGAAGAGGCGAGUCGAGCCGAAGGAGGAGGGACAGAGGGAUGAGAAGCCUCUCCUCAACUUCACCAUCAGUGACAUUUCGUCAGGUUCUUCAGGCCACACGUUGAGUAACCCGAGUGGCAAAGACUUUGCAAAGAACCCUUCAGCCGCCGGUUUAUCACAUGCCACUAAUCACGACCCGUCACAAGCUGAUUCUGCAGCCAAUGGAGCCCAAACAGAGGGUAAAACCGUAAAUGCGCUACCACUUCCGCCAGGAAGAAAACCGCCGCCAGCUGCACCGCCAGAGCCACCGCCCCCACCGCCUCCCAAACCACCAGCUCCGGCGGCCCCUCCGCCGCCUCCCAAGAUCGUCCGCCGCCCCCCGCCCCCAAACCCACCGGUUCCGGUGAAGCCUUCCCCUCUCGGGCCCCACCACCAGCGAUCUUCCAUCGGGGAGAAAAGCAAUGCCUCAGAUGAAUCUGAAUCUGAAGCUCCAAAAACUAAGCUGAAGCCAUUUUUUUGGGAUAAGGUUCUCGCGAGCCCGAAUCAUUCAAUGGUGUGGCACGAGAUUAAAGCUGGGUCAUUUCAGUUCAAUGAGGAGAUGAUGGAAACUCUCUUUGGAUAUACGCAAGCGGACAAGAACAAAAACGAUCGCAAGAAAGACUUGUCCUCUCUUGAUUCUCCUCAGUAUAUUCAGAUUAUUGACCCGAAAAAAUCGCAAAACUUGGCGAUCCUUCUAAAAGCAUUGAACGUGACAACAGAAGAAGUCUGUGAUGCUCUUCAAGAAGGCAAUGAGCUCCCAUCAGAACUCAUCCAGACUCUGUUAAGAAUGGCACCCACAGCAGAUGAAGAAUUGAAACUCAGAUUAUAUGGUGAAGAUAUUGCUCGUCUGGGCCCGUCCGAGAGGUUCCUCAAGGCUAUGCUCGACAUUCCAUUCGCCUUCAAACGUCUCGAAGCAUUGUUGUUCGUUAGCACUUUUCACGAGGACUUUUCUUCAACAAAGGAGUCCUUAGCAACUUUGGAGGUCGCAUGCGAAGAACUCAGGAGCAGCCGGCUCUUCCUAAAGCUUCUAGAAGCUGUCCUCAAAACGGGCAAUCGCAUGAACGACGGCACGUAUCGUGGUGGGGCCCAGGCCUUCAAGCUCGACACGCUCCUCAAGCUCUCGGACGUGAAGGGCACUGACGUUGUGAAGGCGGAGCCGAAGGUCGAACCCGACGUGAAGAAGAUUGUGAUUAAAAAGGAGGCCGUGAAAAAAGAAACUAAAGAAGAAAUCAAAGAAGAAGAAGUUGAUUUGGAGUACAAGUAUCCGUUUUUGAAAAGGUCGUUUGAUCUUCCAGAGAUGGCCGACUCCUCGUGGAUUAUAUCUGAACCUGGGAAGAAGCUAUGGAUGAAGUGUUUGGGUUCGCUCGGCAAUGGCAAGCCGGAGGAGCUGAACCAGAAGUGGAAGAAGUUGGCUAUGGAGGAGACUGAGCUGAAGAGGAAGUUUAAUAAGCAGGUGACUGUGGGGCAUUUUGAGCUGUACUGCAAGCAGAUGGAGCUGAUGGCAGAACAAAUGAAGUUGGUUUUGAGCAGUGAAUGUUUACAAAAAUGGCAAGGGUGGUGGUGA